AUGCCUCGAAGUCGCAUUUGCCAUAUGGAGGAUUUCCAAGCCAGGGGCCAACUAGUUCCUGUAGGCCUGAACGAGGUUAAGUUCAUCAAGUUCGCGGAGAAGUCAACUAUUGGGGCCUUCAAUAUUAACGGAGGUUACAUCAUUGCACUCGGUAGCCCCCAAGCAGGCAUCAUGGCCCAUGCUGAUCCCAGUCAUGAAGCCGUGGUCACGACCAUGGAGCAAUUCAUGCAAGAGUUCGAUCGCCACGAGUCCGAGUUCUCUGCCUCGGCGUCUGCGGCGUGCAUUAUGGCCGCCAACAUUGAGGGCGUACAAGGCAUUUUGCUCGAAGAGACGACGGACUACAUCAAGAGCAAGAUGCGCGAGCUAGAAGUCCCCAGUGUACUUUUCAAGUAUGACGCGGUUGUUGAGGGAUCCUCGCCGGCCAGUGGCACGGCAUACAUGUUGGGAAACCGCGUUAAUCCUCGACUCCCUAGCUGGUUUUUCGAGGACAGGCCUGUCGGCUGGACCAGGGCUGACUAG